AUGUCGUUAGAUUCAUCGUCGGGAAGUGCUGCCACCGCUGCGCCGAAAGGUUUAACUCAGCGCUACACUUCGACAAUUUCCUUGAAUAUCUCUUCAUCGUCACCUACACCUUCGACAGUUAAUACAAAUACCAAUGCCCCGACCAUCAGAUCACCAAAAAUAGGUUCAGACGGCUCGUCUAGAAGAAGAGUGAUUAAGGACAUGCUUUCAAUCCCCAUUUCACUCUUCUGCUUCCUGUUUUGUGUGCUCGAACAAGGCGAUUCCCAACAUCCUCCACAAAAUAUCAGUCUCGUUCCAAAUUCCCGUCACUCGCCUCUUCUACAAAGCACAAUUCGCACUGCCACCGCUUCCAGCCCAAUAACCCCUCCUCCGAUUCAUCGAAGUCAGAGUGCAAAGUACUGCAGUUCCAUUCCGACCGCUUCAAGCGCCUACUUCACAGGCAACUCAAAUACUGGGAACUCCACGAUUGAGGAGUCGGAUGGAGCGGUCAUUUCAGCGUCGAGAGUAAUGGGGAAAGUGGAGGAGGAGGAAGAGGAUGACAUGUUUGUGGAACAGCGGAGUGAUAUCGACAUGGAGUCCUCCGGGGAGUACGAACGGGAAGAUGUGAUAGCGUUAGUCGAAAGAGAGCGAAAUGGAGAGGCGAAACAAACCCUCGAAGAUGUUCAUAAGGAAGUUAUGCAUAGGAUCAUUUUUGUGGUGGGAAAGCCUCAAGAACCGACUUUUCGAUUGUGUCAGAUUAUUUGCGAAGAGGCACCGUUCCUCCUUACCACGACGAAAUUGCUUUGGUUCAUUCAAAGUAUGUUCCCGCCUUUUAGACUUUUCGGAGAUUGUUCAGUUCCACCUGCUCAUCAUGUCGGCUGGAUUCAGUCCUCAGUCGCACGUCUAAUUGGAGUUGGUGAAAAAGACUUCAAUAAUUUAGUAUUUUCCAAAAGCACUUGGAAGGAGCCAACAGGAAGAGGUCUUGUUUCAAGACACUUCUGGCGUUAUCUCCAUCUCCGAAGAAGACGAUUGCUUUGUUCUUCCAUCACGACCUACUCACAAAACGAUUCGGGAUUCUUUGAAGACUUCACCAACAAUCGUAAACGAAAUAGGCGAAUAUGGCGCCAGGAUCUACCUACCCACGGUCCAAAGAACUACUUCAAAAGACGGCGAAGGAAGGCAAAUCCACUAGGAAUAUACCACUUCCAGUAUCUAAAACACGCGGUUCCUCCAAAGCACCAUGGAGGACCUAAGCCCAAUCGAGAUGUGGUGGAAGUCCUUUGCCGACGUCUUCACGAACUCUGUGUUUCCGUGGUAUUCAAUAGGCUGAAUUCCCUGCUUCGUGCUUCUCUAAAUAAGUGCGUCUCAUCAAUCAACUCCUUAAAAGGUGGCCUUAGAGUUCUUUUUAAAGACGCUGUAAAGUGUGAGCUUUCUGACAGAAAUGACUUAUCUAGAGCAGAAGGAUCCACUCAAGCUGGACGACUUCUACGAACACCAAUCAAAGCGCUUGUUGGAGAGGCUCCUGCAGGCACCCAAUUUAGGCUAUCUAUCAACUUUAACAUUUCAGGCGUGCUGGACGAUGGACGCUCGAGAGUGGUUGACUGCCAGCCGCAGACCAUAACCCUGCCGCAUCUUUCACCACCCCUGUCAGAACAACUAACCUCCCGUCGACACUUGCGAGUGCUCCAAGAAUGCGGUUUGUUGAACUUUGCCGCAAUCAACAACACAGCCUCUGGAUUAACUGUCUUUAAGGCAGACGAGUUCCUGCGCACUUUCGCGGUGUUGGAUUACCUCCCGUCUAAUGAGGAGAGAAGUUUAAAGGCUCUUGCGAAUAAGCUAGUGAAAGCGGGCAAAAGACCAUGUGGAACCUAUUUGUGGCACGGAACGGCUACGAAACCACUGAAUUUGGCGUUUUUCAAUGACAAAAUCGUCAAAAUAGUGGAUAACUGUGGUGUACUAAGUGACCUCUACUUCGUAUCUCGAGACUGGCAACUUAAACUGGAAUUGCUCAAACACUCCAUCGCUUCGCGUCGUAUCCAACGCUGGUGGCGUCGCCGACAUGAACAAAGACUCAUCUUAAUGAAUAUUUCUAAUUUCCUUCUCCACCCGGCCACUACCGCAACCAACGCCACCACCGUCUCUACCGUUAACAACAAUUUCAACUUCCCUGAAGCCGUCGACAGGCGGUCUGUGCUUCCAGCUGAAGCCGGUGAAACUCCAGCCUAUGUCGUUACCAACGCGUUUGUUUCCAACAUAAUGAUGCCGCAAAUCUACGAGAUUCCACAAGUUCCACCUCAUCUGCAGCAUCAGCAGAAAAAGUCCAAACGACCUCCACCGUCUGCUGGAAUUGCCUGGUUCGAGCCUCGGCAUCAGAGGCCUCCUGCCUAUCCCCCAGUGGCUCGGAAUGAACGCCCAGUGACACUUGUUGAAAGCCCAGGCACUCGAGUUCUAAGUCGUCAGCAUUCUGCAUAUGGGCCCCCCGACAUGCCUGCAGUGAACCUUCGGCGCAGUAACAGCGCUCGAUCAGUGGAUAACCACCACAUUACCUUUGUAUCGUCACCGAUAUAUUCAAAUGAGGGACGUCCGCUAACCCGCUCAAGCAGCACCAAUGUGGGGAACAUAGGUCGGGAGGCUCAAGGUGGUGUUCAACGACGGAUUCGACACAAGACGAAUGAUAUGCCCGAGCUGGGAGCUCGAAGACCCGUCUCUUGGCAUGUGGAUCAAAUGGAGGCUCAAGUGUCUGCACACUUAGAGAAGCAGAGGUUGCUGAAUGGAGGGCACUCGCCUGUCAGCGGUCGACGCGGAUCGUCCGCCGUCAGGAUGGCUGAAGAUCAGCGUCACGGUCCGAGACACGCAAACUUUGAGAAUGGUCAGCCUCGCACCUCCUUCAAUGGUGGCGGCGGAGGCGGUGUUUUCUACCCCUCCCUUCAUUCAAGGUCGCCGUUGUCUGCGGAGGCUCAGCGCGAGGAGUACAUUCGCGUGCAGGCAGAAAUCACACGGGGCGAGUUCAGAGGCUCGCGAGAGCCAAAUUCCUCGCCCCCUGGGCGCUUGGCUUGCGCGGGUCGUGUGGAGGUUGUGGACAGUCGACAGAAAGACAGUUAG